GAUGUGUGCUGCUGAUGUAGAAGGUUGUGCUGUUCAGACCCCUGUGUUUCAGUCGACAACUUAUCGGCGUUUUAUAGUUACAUUUCUAAAAGCCCAGUACUUUAUUAUUUGUUACUUUUAUAACUUUGAAGGUUUUAUUACUGUAAUGUCUCGGAGAAAAGUUGGUCUGACUCGCAGUGAGCGCACUGUGAGUGAGGACUCGGAUAUUGAGAGUUUGUUAGAGACUUUAUCUCCGGAUGAAGUGGAAGAACUGGAGAGGGAACUGGUUAUUAUCGAUCCAGAUCCUAAUGUACCAGUCGGACUCAGACAGCGUAAUCAGACUGACAAACAACCAACCCGAGGAUAUGAUCGAGAAGCCAUGCUGGAUUACUGUGAGAGAGAGACCAAGAAACUCAUCGAGAGGGAGCUGUCGUUUGAGGGGGAAUGUAAAGGCGAAGGUCGUAGACGGGACCAUCUCAAACGAAUGAGAAGCAAAGAACAGAAAAGCCUUUCCAGGUCACGAAGCCGAGAAGCAUCUGACAAGGAGGAUACCACAAAUGGACAAGCAAAUGCCAAAACACCUUUGGACAAAAAUUGCACAGCUGGAGAUACAACAACAGAGGAACGCUGCAAGGAGUCUGUGGAUGCAGAAACAGAAUGCCUCGAAAAACAGAAAGGAAAAAACAAGCUAGGAGAGGAUAUGUUAAAAAGAGAGGUUGAAAACAUGAAGGAAAAACAGAGGGAGAGUUCUAGGAAAGAAAGGCUAAGCAGCAAGACUUCAGAGCUUAUCUCCAAACUACAGCAAAAGGAGGAAAGCAAAGAGAGGGAGAUAAAAGAUAAAAGCAUUUGUGGUGAAAAUCUAAAAACAAAAGGUUUAAUAUCCAAGCUGCAGGGUAACAAACAGGUGGAAGAAAAAGAAGAGAAACAAAAAGAGAGGGAGAUUGAGAAACGAAGAGUGAAUAGAACUAAAGGUCUAGUAUCCAAACUAGAGGAACAAACAACACAAAUUGAUGACGGCAGAGGAAUUAAAGAGAGCAACCUGAAAAAUCCUGAAAAAGAUGAAAAGAAGGAAAAAGAUGAAAAGAACAAUAAGAAAAAAGGACCCUACUCUCAAAACUAUACCAGUGGUAGCGAGAAAGGUAAAGAUAACCAGAAAGAGUUUAAGAAAGUGGAAAGGAAAGAAAUAGAAUGCCCUCAAGAGAAAGACAAAGGGAACACUAAACAGAAAAAAGCUCAAACUCGUAAUUAUGUAACUGAGACCUGCACUAGUGGUGAUGACCAGUCUGUCAAAACAGAGGAGGAUGAUGAGUGUGAUGAAGAUGAUGAUUAUUUAGACAGUGACACUGGCUCCAGCAUGUUUGAUGACCUCUUGGAGCAGGUGCGCCAUGAUGACCCUGAAAUUACUGAGCUCAACAUUAAUAAUUCUGAUAUUAUUAAGACAGAUACACUGAUCCAGUUUGCUGGAGGGCUUCGCAGUAACACUCAUGUGAAGACAUUUUCUCUAGCGAACACAAGAGCAGAUGAUCAUGUGGCCUUUGCAAUUGCUGGGACUUUACGGAAUAACACAAGCUUAUCCGGAAUUAAUCUGGAUUCCAACCAUCUCACCGGCAAAGGCAUUCUAGCUAUUAUUGAAUCUUUGCAGCACAAUUCCACCCUCAAAGAGCUUCGCUUUCACAACCAGAGGCACAUCUGCGGAGGAAAGACAGAAAUGGAAAUAACUAAGGUUUUAAGAGACAAUACUUCAUUAAUCAAGCUGGGUUAUCACUUUGAGCUAGCUGGGCCUAGAAUGGCCAUGACCAACCUCCUGAGUCGAAAUAUGGAUCUCCAGCGUCAAAAACGACUGGAAGCGCAACGACUUUCCUCACAAGAAACUUCAUCACCACUUAAUGAAGAAAAAAAUACAGCUUUCACCAACAAGUCCAAACUCAAAGCAUCACUGCAGUCCAACUCUGUUGAGAAGAAGGACUCCCUACUAGCAAAAGUUUCCAAAUUUAACAACCCCAGAGAAACACCGAAAGCCAAUACUUCCAAGCCCACAGCUGGCCCGUCAUCUUCCAAAGCAAAAGGUAAAAAAGGUGGUGCCAUGUCUGAGUCAAACCCGGGACCUGCACCUCCUCCUACUCCUACUCCUCCACCUCCACCUGCACCGUUGCUGGAUGUUAAGUCUCUACUGAGAUCCCUGACCCCAGUUUCACAGCGCAAACAAGACACUAGCAGAGUUUCAGGCCUUGGAGCUGAAAAAAGUUCCAGAGAUCAACUGUUGGACUCAAUCAGAAACUGUAACAUGAAUACACUCAAAAAGGUUGAAGUUCCCAAGCCCCUAAGGUAGCAUCUGACUGGAAAACAUGGACCUUCAAUAGAUGUCCUACAGAACAUCAAGAUAUUUGUUAGUGGACUGUGGUCUCAAAAUAUGUUGUUUGUCUUUGCUGUUUUGGACAUACCUUAACCCAGUUGUCCGACUAUUAUGAUUGGACACUUAUCAUACCAGCCAGUUAACCAUCUGUAUUUUUUAGAAAUGGAAGCCGUAGCCUAGUGGUUAAGGUACUGGACUAGUAACCAGAAGGUCACUGGUUCAAUCUCCACCACUGCCAGGUUGCUGCUGUUGGGCCCUUGAGCAAGGCCCUUAACCCUUAAUUAAAGACUGUAUACUGUAACUGUAAUGUAAGUCGCUUAAAAUAAAAGGCAUCUGCUAAAUGCCAAAAAUGUAAAUGGAAUGUAAAUGAAGCAAAUUUAAGGUUUAGACACUUGUCUUUAUGACCCAUGUUGCUCCCUGACCCCCACUCUACAAGCUCUGCCACCAUGCUGGCCCAGUGUAAUGUACAAAUUAAUAUUUUUUGCUGACUGCAUACCAUCUGUAUACACUGUAAAAAAAUGGAAGGACUAAGUUGUACUUUUGCACCCCUAAGGAUGUUUUGAGUGUGAGUGUAAGCAUUAUUAAUAAUCUUAUGUCACACCUGGUAUUACAAAUGUUGUGUUUGAACUGAUAUUAUUGCAGCUCUCAAUAUUUUUGUGGACUUACUUGCUUUUGUUUACUGUUUAUUAAACUUAAAGUGUAAUG